UUGAAUACAAGAUUGUGGUGCUCUGGAUGUAGUAUGCUUUGCAGAUUGUGGUUGUUGUUUCUCAAUUGGAAGAAAGAAACAACCCGUCUCUUGAAGAAAAACAUUGAAAGUCUGAACUCAUGGCGUCUACACUGGACUUCAAAACACAUGCUGACCAGUCAUGCAGGUAUGCGGAGGAAUUCGUCAACAUUUAUUAUGACUGCAUGGAUAAAAAAAGGAGGAAUCUAACCCGCCUUUACCUGGACAAAUCCACCCUGGUGUGGAAUGGGAACACAGUUUCGGGCCAGGAUGCAUUAAACGAGUUUUAUGAGACCCUUCCAUCAAGCGAGUUCCAGGUUUACACACUGGACUGUCAGCCCGUCCAUGAACAAGCUACCCAGGGCCAGACAACGAUAUUGGUGGUGAGCUGUGGAGUUGUUAAAUUCGAGGGGAACAAACAACGUUUUUUCAACCAGAACUUUCUGCUAACAGCGCAGGCUACACCGAACAGUGAGCAGCCUGUCUGGAAGAUUGCCAGUGACUGUUUCCGUUUCCAAGACUGGCAAAGCUAAACUUUUCCUGGAACAUUUUUAUUUUCUCCCUUCUCUUGGAUACCCCCAACCCCCACCGUAGGGCUCAACAUACAUUAUGCCUUUUUAUUUUAAAUAAAAUAAGCCACAAAACCGUUUACAAAAUGACAUUUAUUUACCACGUUCUGAACAAAGCAUGGGCCUCUAAUGACGGCAUACAUUUAACAGCACAGCACAACCCAUUUGAAAAUGACUGAUUUUAUGUACCAAUUCGGUAGACAUUAAAUGUCUUUAUUGAAUCGUAUACCAUAAUGGCAGCAUUUCUGAGACCGAAAUAGUCUUCUAAUUGAGGUAUAAUAUGCAUAAAGCUGUAACGUUAUACCAGUUACCACUGUAGCUUAUGCCAAAAACAAGAAUCACAUGCGAAUGGUUAACCUCGGAGUGCUUAUACUUAAAUAAAUAAUUUUAAGAGAAGCUUGGCAAAACAGUUAAACGGAUGUACUUUAUUCAUAAAUAGCCCACUAUUGGCCAAGUUCAUAUAUUAAAACAUUAAUCUUCCUGAGUCCUGUUGAAUCCUAUACAUUUGGUUGGACAUUUCCAAUGCAUUAGGACAAAAACAAUGCUUAAAGCAACUUCAUGUUUGGCAAGGGAAACACAACUGGAAAGCAUGGAGAGGAGACAUGAGCCUACCUGACCAAUGCUGAAUUUACAAGUACUGACAGUAAGACGGUAUUUUCCUUAAUCCCUUGUUAACAUGACAUGUCUUUUGAGCCUGUCUUGUAGCAUGGGUACGAUUGCAACAUUACAUUUUUGGUAACUUAGUGCAACCUACUUCUUCAUGACUAAACAUGGGCACUACUGCUGACAAAAAAGGCACAGUAACGUCAACAAUCCACCACAGCAAGAGCAAUGGACACCUUGAAUUUAAAUGUAGGGAUGGCGUGAAUAUCUAAAUGGAAUAAGUUAUAACGGUUAAGCAAAAAGCUACACACAAAAAUUUAAAUAACUUGACGUUAGUUAAAAAGAUUUUCUUCAAAGGAUGGCAGUUCAGUGCUGUCAUCUGAUAUCCUUCGAUAUGAACAACUGGUUCUGUUGGGAUCUAGUUUACCGGGAAACCUCUCGAAACUAGUUUACCUCAAAUCACAACAUCGAAGAGCAGCACUGCUUAUCGAGCGACCACUUCUACCUACAGAGUGAGCUUUUUACGUUUUUCUGUUCCACACAAAUGGCUGAAGACCUGAAAGGCUCUUUUGAAAUAUUAUGUACAUGAAAUUAGUGGCAUUAUGGCAUCAGAGUUGCUCUGCUGGAGAUGAG